AUGGCAAGAUUCAUCUUGGAGAAUCUAGCCUUGCAUAUUUCCCUUGUUGUAUUCAUUCUAUUACAUUCCUCACUUAGCGUUGCUUCUGACUCUACUCAAGAAGCUAAUGCUCUUCUCAAGUGGGCAGCCACCCUUCACAACUUUAAAGAUUCUAACAUAUCAUUAAAAUGGCAUCACCAUCCUAAAAAUGCCACCAAUUCUGAUCCAAGAACAAACCUCUGCAAUUGGCUUGGAAUUUCUUGCAACGCAGAAGGAAGGGUCGAGACACUAAAUCUCACAAACGCAAGUUUAAAUGGGACACUCCAUGAGCUUUCCUUCUCUUCCUUUCCUGAUGUUGCUAAUAUAAAUCUUAGCGUGAAUCUACUCUAUGGCACCAUCCCACUUGGAAUCACUCAACUUUCCAAACUCGUUUAUCUUCAUUUGGCAUAUAACCUCUUAAAUAGGCAGUUAAGUUCCCUUGUUGAGCUUGCCCUGUAUACCAACAAUCUAGAUGGUCAUAUUCCUGCUUCUGUUGGUAAUUUGACCAAGAUGGACCGGCUGCUUCUCUAUAACAAUCAACUUUCUGGUUCUAUUCCACCAGAAUUGGGAAACCUUAAUAAUUUGGUUGAACUUUACAUGAAUACCAACAGUCUAUCAGGCAACAAAAUAACUGGUACAAUUCUACCUGAAAUUGUAAAUGCGGCUCGGCUAAGAGGACUUAAUCUUUCUUCGAAUAAAAUAGCUGGGAGCAUCCCCAAGGAAUUGGGGAAAUUGACUUCUUUGGUUAAGGUGAUUUUAAACGACAAUCAACUCUCUGAUCGCCUACCUUCAGAAUUUGGAUCGUUAACUGAUCUUGAGUAUCUCGACUUAUCGGCAAACAGAUUCAACCAAUCAAUUCCAGAAAACAUUGGAAACUUAGCUAAACUCAUCUACUUGAAUUUGAAUAGUUUCAAAGAUAUGCAAGGUUUGUUGUCCAUCGAUAUAUCCUACAACGAAUUGGAAGGUCCCAUUCUUUCCAAUAAAGCAUUUCAAAAUGCUUCCGUAGAAGCAUUUCAAGGGAACAAAGGAUUGUGUGGGGAUGCCCCAGUUUUGUCACCAUUCAAUUUUCCAAUCAACAAAUAUACCUCCCAAAGGGGCCAUAAAAUGUUGUUUCUAAUAGUUUCUUGUUUCUUUGCGGAGCUUUUUCAUUUCUCGUUUUUUUGGGAGCUUUUUUCUGUUUACAAAAACGAAAACAAGAUCUAG